GGAAAAGAUAUUGUAUUACAAGAUGAACCUACUAAAACCAAAUUGUCAAGACAGGCUCGUAUAUAUAAAAAUAAAAAAUUUAGAAGUGAGCAAGAACAAAUCAAGAUGUUUUAUAGUUCAAAUAAUAAUAUUUUUCCAGUAAUUGAUGAUAUUACUUUUGAUCCAUCUUGA